CGACUCGACCUCGACAACGCCUCCCCGACUUCUCACCUCUCUACUACCCGCAUACCGUAUCGUACUCUUACACAAGAGACUAGCUCACUACGCUCCUCAGCUCUGACUUACCAACGAAACCAUCUCGCCACGCCAUUCGUCAUCGCCGGGAGAGGUGCGCUCAAUCACUGCGACUGAACGCACGCUCACGCCACAGACAGUAGCACCACUAUAAUAAGAGCCAAAUUUUGGCUGACAGGGGUGGCGUGGAGUUGAGCGACUGCAGACAUGGCUCUUGCUAGCAGCUCACGCGUGGUGCUGCGAAUCUCGCAACAGGCGCUCUCGAGCUCCUUGAGUAGAGCUUUGCCAAUACUCACAUUACCGCAUACCGUGCUGCGACCAGGUGGACGACAGAGGGGCGAGCCAUCACCAAGCCAAUCGGCCCGUCUACUCUUCCACGCUCGCUCAAUUAGACAAAACGUCACCUCCGAGCAGCGGUCCGUGCCAUCUCCAGCUCCAGCAGUGCCAAAUGAAUCUCACGCCCCGCCCGACCUGACGCGGAUAACGAGACGGCCGUCAAGCCCCGAAGAGCCAAAGGUCUUGGAGGGUGGCGAUCCAAAGGUACUCUUGACAGAGACUGGAGCUGCGAGGCUGGAUGCGGUAGCAGAAAGAGAAGGCAAAGACGGAAUCGCUCUUCGGGUCGAGGUCAUGCCUGGUGGCUGUCAUGGCUAUCAGUAUGCCAUGAACGUGGUCGACGAGGGCGCAGAAGAGGAUGACUUCUGCUUCACAUCCAUCACAUACCCUCGAGCCUCUUUGCUGAUCGACUCGGUGAGCUUAAGGUUGCUCAAAGGAUCGACCAUCGACUACGCAACGGAAUUGAUCGGAUCUCAGUUUGUCAUUCGAGACAAUCCUCAAGCAAAAGGCGCUGGAUGCGGGUGUGGAGUCAGUUGGGAACCAAACGUGGACAUUUGAGGCGCAUGUAUGCUUGUAUGUUCAUUUUUAUGCGCACGAAAAUUUGAGCAAGACGGU